AUGAGCUCUCAUGGAUCACGAGAGCAGGCCAGGGAUGAGCCAGUAUGGCAUCCUGCAGAAGAAUGGCUUGAAGAAGACGAAGACGACGACGAACUAGAUAUGGAUUAUCACCCAGCCCUUGGGGGUUCUGCAGACGACCAGGACUGGGAAGAUGAGGCCAUCCGGAAUCAAAUAGACCUCGGCAUUACAGAAGGCAUGGAUCGCGCAUUGAUCAUCCAUUCAAAUGAGAUCGAGUUGACCACAGACGAGCCCCCAGAAGGAGAGGAGGAACAUGAUGGUGUUACCCGCAUUCCCGCGUCACGAUUAUUCGAAUUGCUUGCAUCUAGCGGUCUACAGCAUAUCCUGCGCUCCAAUGGAUGGACAAGCAAUUUCUCAGAUAACAUGGAAGAUGAUGAAGAUGAGGAUGAGCAAGACGACGAGGAAGAUGAUUUUUAUUCUGCAGGAUUCAGAGGUCAAAUGCGAAGGCGACGAGCUACUCGACCGGAUCAGUUCCCCAAGGUUCCCAGUGACCAGGGCAUUGAAUUGAUGGGCGAGGGACAAUUUGGAACAGACGAUCACUUUGUAGAUCGCCUCAAACAACGCAAGAAGGUGUUCGCAACGAACCUUAUGUGGCGAGAGCUUGGAGUGGACGCUUAUGGAGUGCGCAAGAGAGCUAACCAAGCUCUAUCACAGAAAAUGAUCCCGGGUUCCGCAGCUGACAAGAUCAUCCAUUAUGAUUCUCGAAGCUAUUCGGGUCAAUUCUCGGAUGACGGGAAUUUCUUUUUUUGCUGUGCGCAAGACUUCAAAGUGCGCAUGUAUGACACGUCCAAUCCGCACGAAUGGAAGUAUUACAAGACCGUCGAUUACCCGUUUGGUCAGUGGACCAUCACGGAUGCCACUCUGAGUCCAGAUAAUCGUCAUCUCGUAUACAGUUCAAUACGCAGUCAAGCAUACUUAGCUCCAACAGACCCAGACAAUGAUUCAGAUCCAACGGUGUUGGAUUUCUCUCUACCACCGGGUCAACGGCGGCGGCGAAGCUGGGGCAGCUCACAUUUUGGGAUAUGGUCUCUUAGAUUCUCUGGAGAUGGCCGUGAAGUUGUGGCAGGAACAUCCGAAGACUCUGUCAUCGUCUACGAUCUUGAAACUAAACAACCCGUUCUCAAUCUUCGAGAACGACACCAACAUCAUGUGAAUGCAGUCUGUUUCGGCGACACCUCCUCUCCUCAUAUCCUUUAUUCCGGGUCCGACGACACCACGUUACGAGUUUGGGAUCGUCGCUCUAUGGCUGAUGGUCGCGAAGCUGGUGUGUUCAUGGGCCACACCGAGGGUCUGACCUACGUCGACAGUAAAGGCGACGGCCGAUAUGUUCUCUCCAAUGGCAAGGACCAGACGAUGAAACUGUGGGACCUCCGCAAGAUGAUGUCAACAGCCAAGUUCGAUACAGUUAACCCUAAUAGCUACACCACCGGCUUUGAUUAUCGAUUCGAGCCGUAUCCCGAUGACUAUUAUGAGCCACAUGAGCAUGACUGUUCGGUUGUUACGUUCCGUGGCCACCGUGUCCUGAAGACUCUUAUUCGCUGCCAUUUCUCGCCCCCAGGGAGUACAAAUUCUCGCUAUGUCUAUACCGGCAGUGAAGACGGUAAGGUGUACGUGUACAAUAUGGAUGCCACGCUGGCUGGAACCAUUGAUGUCGGGGCAGCCACCAUGAACUCGCGACCCCGUGAGCCAGAUGUAUCCGCAACCGCGUAUGAAAUGAGCGGGGAGAUGUUAUGGAGGACAUGUGUUCGGGAUGCUAGCUGGCAUCCGAAUGCUCCAGUCCUUGCGGCGACCUCAUGGAAUGGAUGGGGCCUGUCUACUGGCACCUGCACUUUACAUUCAUGGAAUGACGGUGUUGAUGGAGAUGAGGGAGAACCUUCGAUUGGGAAGAGCUAUGACGAAAAGUUGAGAUCUGUUCCCGAGUUCAAUCAUUACCGAGAGAAUGCACACUUGAGACGACAACUGCGCAGCAGGCCUGUGCGGCGAAUGUAUGCAAACGAAGACGGUCAAGAGUGGUAA